GAAGCUUGUAGAAGUCGUUUUCCGUUUCUCGAAGGUGAAAACUGCAAGGUCUUCGUUAACUAGCGAAUAGAUAGAGAGUCGACUUCCGAUGAUGAAGGACGGCCCCCGAAAGUGAACUGUAACGAUGAGAUUAUAGGGGAGCUAGUCUGUAAUAGUGGCAUUUCGAUGGAAGCAAGCUGAUGCGUUUGUUAGCAUUCAACUUGGUGAACAGGGAGAGGCAACGUGAAAGCUGAUGACGUUUGGCAAUAUCUUGUCAACAGAUGUUCAAGGGUUUGCAUCCCAAAUAAAGUCCAUAAGAGGAAAAUAGAUAGUCGUCAGAGGAGUGAGGGAGCAGCUUGAACUCUUGAAGUAUAAAAUCACUGAUAGUGCAACUUGUAAGUAUGAGCACACGCAAGAUCAAGUUGUCACAAAAGUUUACUCUUAGGUUUCGAGACAUUACCUUGCCAGAUGCAGAUGCUGUCGCAGAAUUGCUGAACGACGACCCGGAUCAAGGCAGUUCAGCUGACGAAACAUUUAAUAGUCUGCCAGAUCUCUUCCCAGAUAUCUUUCAGUCACAAACUAAGUCAUCAGUUCCGACUCUUGAUCUGUCGUACUCAAUUGGUGACUGCUCAACAUAUAAGCUUUGGGAGUCCUGUACAGCCGAUGUUAUUCCUCUUGCUUCACAAAGCGAAGCAGCAGCAUGUUGGCUGCUGACUGGUAUGCUUACAAGUGGUGGAACUGAUAACGGCGUGCACCAUAAUGAUUCUGAAAGCGAUCUACACUGUCAUGUCAGUGAUUGCGCCACUCGGGCAACAAAAAUCAGCUUCAGGGAAAAUCUGCGACGUGUUCAAGCCUUCUCACCCCACACGUCCAUUCUAGAUAUUGAGAAAGACCUCGAGCUUGACAGUCCCUCAGCGAGAGAAACGUUACAAAGUGUGCAUGCUCAAGUAACAUGUGAAGCGGUAAUAGAAUAUGACAGACAGCCGAAUUCAUUGGAAAUUGAUGGCGAUAAGGAUGAGACAUGUGUGGACAGCUACUUACUACUGGAAGAAGAUAUGACAAACGAGUCACAACUCGAGGACUUUACUCUCGCUGAUGAAAACGCUCCAUGCUCUAGACUCUCCAGCAGCAGCGAAAUACCUCAUAUUCUCCAAGUGCUCGUUGAUAACAAACAUCCAGAGGUUAAGAAAUCGAUAAGAAAGCGGAAGUCUACAUACCUUGCUGCUAACUACUAUUCCUUAGAACUCCCCAAAGAGUUCAGAAAACAGAAGAGGUCCACUCCUAGGAGAGGACGACCUCCAGGCUCCACCAAUCUGGUACGAAAAAUGAGAUGGCUGUCAGAUACUCCAAAUGAUCAUCUGGAAUGUGAUCAAGGAACAGAGACGGUUGCAAACCUACAAGACGAUAAAGAGAAUAAAGUAACCAAAACGAGGAGGUUUGGGAGGAAGACUGUUUCCGUAUCAACAGUAUCAAUACUUUCGAGUGACCCACCGCUAACCAGCCAAAACUUGAAACUCCAACGUACUAUGCGUCGUGGAAGACGCAAAAUCCAGUCAGAGCGUACCUGGAGUCCGCGUACAAAAUAGUAACCGGCAGAUGUGUUUCUUUUGUUGGGCCAACGUCCCAAGCGUGAAGAUGAUACACCACCAAACAGAGAGCAGUAUUCUACUGUGGCAGGAGCAUACCGGUUGUGAGAGACACCUUUCAAGAAAAUGCUCCUACGAACCAACAAGUCUCUUCAAGCUUAUUGCAACAGCACUUUAGUAUGCUCUGAGAUGACUUCUUUAUCUGUCGAAGCUUGUACAACUAUAUCCACUUCUAUCCUUCAAUCUCUUUCUUUUUCAUAGGCAACGAUAUGUAUAAAAAUUCGCCAAUUGUAAGGGAUCAGAAGUUAAAUAAUAGCAUUAAACAUUUGAACAAUUAAAAGAGGGAAAACAAUCCAAAAGAGUAAAAAUAAAAAAUAAAAAUAGAGGAGAAAUGAAGCUUUUCAUGUUGUGACCGCCUCGGUGCAUUCUAGAGUGACAUUCAAAUUACAAAGUACUUGAGCUAAAAACCUCCAGGUUUUGUGCUGGGGCCUUGAGUAUGCAGAUGAAUUAAAUAGGACCCGCAGCACAUGGAUUGUAGUACAUAAUGCCAGUUACAGAGACAAACUAAGGGACGACGCAGAAAACAACAUCAACUAGAAGGCAGCCAUCAAGGAAUCAUGUGUGACGAAGUUGGUUGAUGUACCUCUUCAUCAAGAAAAACCUCCGCUCCCUUGUGAAAUGUAAACACACUUGUGAUCAUGGGACUUCAGCGUCGUUCUCUCUCUCUAGCAUUCUAGAGUUUUGGGCUGCAUUUGCAUCUUGACUAGACUUCAUACAAAUUGAGACUACUUCUGUCAAUGCAAAACCUAAUAAACAACACAAAAUAAAGCAAGAAUAUAAGAAACUUGCGGAUUUGAAAACCAGGAAUCCCCUGCAGAAAUUCGCUAUGCGUCAGGUAUGUUUGUAACCAUUCUCACAGCUUAAAAAUGUAGCAAAGCUAACUCAAGGUUCAGGAAUAUCUGAUUUUAUUUCAACACAGAAGUAUGUGUGACAAAGCUGUGUAAACAAGGUGGAAGAUGAAGUGGCUAGCCCUAAUCAUGAAGCUAGCUGGUAUUCAGUAUCCCACUUAAUAGCCGGAGCGUGCUACACCUGCGUAUGGCGACACCAUAAUGCAGAGGCACGCUGCAGAUACACUACAUCUGCUUCAUGACGAUCAAGGAAUGAACCGAGACUUCCACGUUGUGACAUCGCGUUGUACCCCCGAUUUCGAUUGAGCGAACGAUGAGGAAUUUCUCCACCAUGCAAGAUCGUUUCAACGUUAAGGGAGCAGAGGUCUAUGAAAGCCUUAGCUCAAGAACGAGCUCCAGUUUACAGCAGAAUGAUCGCUGGUGUCAGAAUUGAUCACAACAAUGAAAAGAUUCAACAUGUCUCAAGCACUGUGCAAUCGCAGAGUCGCACCUACACGGCCAUGCAAUUAAGAGCAUGUUCAUUUCGUCCUCGUUUGUGAUCACCAUCAC